GUAAAAGAAUCGUUCUUGAUCUUCUCAUCACGGUUAAAAAUUUGGGUUUCUGGCGGCGCAAAAGAUAUGGAAGGUUUUACGCGGUUGCGGAAAGCUUGGAGAUUUGGCGCUGCUCUUAUUUUCUUACUUGAAUGGGAGUUUUAGAUUUGGAUCACCAGAUUUAGGGGAUUGCUGAGAAAUUUGCCGAAGAUGUCGUCUCCGUCACCAAGUUCUCCUUCUUUGCCUGCUAGUUCUCCACCAGAGGCUACGACUUCUAGCCCUCCACCAGAGACUUCUUCGACUGCAAGUCCACCACCAUCGGAGUUAACCUCUAGUCCACCUUCAUCUUCCACUUCAACGACUGCUUCACCAAGUGCGACGCCUAAGCCGAAUGCCACUGCGGAUCCACCGGCACCAUCAACAGCAACCCCUACUAACCCAUCAACGCCACCUCCUCAAACCUCGCCUCCUCCGGUUUCUAUGUCAACUCCACCACCGCAAUCUACAGCUAAUCCCUCACCUCCACCACCUGUGGCUUCGCCACCAUCUUCUAUUCCUGCCCCUCCACCACCUGUGGUGUCUCCGCCGCCGUCUCCGGUGUUAUCGCCACCGCCACCAUCGACUAGUUCUCCUCCUCCGUCAGUUUCCGUUGUGCCGCCUGCUUCAUCGCCCCCUCCCCCUCAAACAAUCUCACCUUCUCCUCCUCCGCCUGCGGAUGUCACUCCUCCGGUCUCCAAUUCACCUCCGCCGCCACCGGUCAAUUCUUCGACACCCUCUCCUAGCCGUACUUCACCUCCCCCAUCUGGUUCACAUCGAGCUCCUCCUCCAAGCUCACCAUCACCGCCGCCUCCGAAACAUCAAACGGGGGCACCGCCACCUCAAUCACCUCCCAAAUCUUCUUCUCCCCCUGCUGCUUCUCCUCCUCCAAGUAAUUCAUCGACUGGUGGAACUCCAGUAAUUCUAACACCACCCUCACCACCCUCAUCUGUGGUUCCAACACCUACACCUGGGAGUACCAAUUUUAGUCCAGACACAAAUAAUACAAGUGCUAACUCCGCCUCCAGUGGAGGGCACACUGGUACGGUGGUGGCAAUUGCUCUUAUAGCAAGCGUUGUAACGGUUGGUCUCAUUUUUUUGGCUGUGUGUUUGUGGAGGAAACGAAAGAGAAAGGCAUCCGCUUACAAUGGUGUCUAUGUUAUGCCUUCACCGUACAACUCUUCCCAGCAAUCAGAUUCAUCCUUUAUCAAGACCAAUUCUCCAGCUCCUCUGCUGGGAAGUGGCUCUGGCAGUAAUUUUAUGCAUUCAUCAUCAGAGUCGGGUGGCUUAGGGAAUUCAAAGUCAUGUUUCACAUAUGAAGAACUAGAAGAGAUCACAAAUGGGUUCUCGCUGCAAAAUCUGUUGGGUGAAGGUGGAUUUGGUUCUGUGUACAAAGGAUGUCUACCAGAUGGACGAGAGGUGGCUGUAAAACAGCUGAAGGUGGGUGGUGCACAAGGAGAGCGUGAGUUUAGAGCUGAAGUCGAGAUUAUUAGCCGUGUGCACCACCGACAUUUGGUUUCACUGGUGGGAUACUGCAUAGCACAGCAUCAGAGGUUACUCGUUUACGACUAUGUCCCAAACAACACCCUUUACUUCCAUCUUCAUGGGCAAGGCAGGCCAGUUAUGGACUGGGCAACCAGGGUUAGGGUUGCUGCAGGUUCAGCUCGUGGAAUAGCAUAUCUCCAUGAAGACUGUCAUCCCCGGAUUAUUCAUAGGGAUAUUAAGUCUUCGAAUAUUCUUCUGGAUAACAACUUUGAAGCUCAGGUUUCGGAUUUUGGGCUUGCAAAGUUAGCUCUUGACACAAACACACAUGUAACAACACGUGUCAUGGGAACCUUUGGAUACAUGGCUCCAGAGUAUGCAUCAAGUGGCAAGUUGACCGAGAAGUCGGAUGUUUACUCUUUUGGAGUCGUGCUUUUAGAACUAAUUACUGGCCGCAAGCCUGUGGAUGCAUCUCAGCCAUUAGGAGAUGAGAGUUUGGUUGAGUGGGCUCGGCCAUUGCUUAGUCAAGCACUUAAUAGUCAAGACUUUGAAGGGUUGGCAGACCCAAGGCUCGAAAAAAACUAUGUAGUACAGGAGAUGUUCCGGAUGAUUGAGGCGGCUGCAGCAUGCGUCCGUCAUUCAGCUUUGAAGAGACCUCGAAUGGGGCAGGUGGUUCGUGCUUUAGACUGUGUAGGAGACUCUGCAGAUCUAUCAAAUGGAAUGAGACCAGGCAAAAGCGAAGUCUUUGAUUCUGCACAACAAUCUGCAGAAAUAAGAAUGUUUCAGAGGAUGGCAUUUGGCAGUCAAGACUACAGUUCAAGUUUCUUAAGUGAAAAUAGCUGGAGAAGCCGAGAAUAUGGGAGGAGCCAAGACGAUGGGACAAGCAGAGAAUAUGGGAGGAGCCAAGGAGAUGGAACGAGCCGAGAAUAUGGAUUGUAGAGACAGAGAUUGAGUAUUCAAGUUCACAGCUGUUCAGAGAUAGCCAAGAGGAGCUUCAGGGACAACGAGGUGCUUGCAUAUCCUCUGUAAAUUUUUUUCUUCUUCUUUUUGUGUAAAUGUGGAAAGGAUCUAAAUACAAAUGUUUUGGCCUUGGACCCAGCCAAAUUGAGUGCUGGGUCUUGGAACUUUGAAAAUCUUACAACCAGGUUGAUUCGAGGCAUCCGGUUGCA